AUGGUUCCUGGCGGUUCAAGCAAAGCCAUUGGAGGCUUGGUCUAUCGCAUGAAGAAGACAGGCACUGAUGUUGCUGAUUCUCUACUCUCUGGCGGAUGCUCGUGCCCAUAUGUGGCGGCAUGCGCGUCCGGUAAUCGGUGCCAGACUGUUGGCUUUGGACCAUGGGUUAUACUCAAAAAGAUAGAUGAAGGCGGCUUUGGUCAAGUUUAUAAGGUUGAAAACGUAGCAACAAAAAAGGUAGCAGCGCUGAAAGCCGAAUCCAACGACAUAGAAGGCGGCUCGGCGUUGAAACUCGAGAUGACCGUAAUCCGCGCAAUCACGGCCGAUGGUGAUAAACCACAUAUUCCACUAGUGUUUCAUGCCGCAAAACAUAGACGAUUUUGUUACAUGAUUAUGACAUUAUUAGGAGAAAAUCUUAAAGAACUUAAGUUAAAUUGUCCAAAGGAGUAUAUGACAGCAAAAACAUGGACACGAAUAGCUAUACAAUGUCUAUACAGUGUUAAACUUGUUCACGACUAUGGAUUUGUUCAUCGAGAUAUAAAACCGAAUAAUUUUGUUAUGGGAUAUCGGGAAGACUACGAGCGUGCACGUUUAGUUCAUAUUCUCGAUUUUGGGCUGUCUCGUUCAUAUGCUAUACAAUCGAAAGAUGGAACGUGGGUAGCAAGGCGGGCUCGAGGAACAGCUGAAUUUCGUGGGACUUUGCGGUACUGCUCACCAAACGUACAUGAAAAGAAGGAACAGGGUAGAAAAGAUGAUCUUUGGUCGCUUUACUAUGUAUUUAUCGAGCUUCAUUGCGGACUUCCGUGGCAAACGUUACGAGAUAAGCAAAAAGUGGAACUGAUGAAGAUGCAUAUGGAAGAUAAAGAUCUUGUCUUAAAUUUUCCAGUUGAGCUGCAUGGUGUUAUACCACAUCUACGAACGCUGGAUUACUAUCAGCGCCCCGAUUAUUCGAUGUUUUAUGAAGGGUUGGUGGCCGUCAUGAAACGAGUAGGUGCAAAAGCUUCAGACCCGUAUGACUGGGAAACACCAGAGUCGGUCAGGCGAAUAGAAAAACAUCUCAAAAAACCUUAUGCCUGGGAAAAUGCAGCAGAAUUCUUCAAAAGUGAUCCAAUAAAAGUAAAUUGCGCUCCACCACCAAAACCAUCGCGUAGACGCAUUACAAAGGCUCCUGAACGCUUCCCUUACAAAGAAACUUCUGAGCAAACGACAGGGACAGGCACCACGGCUAGUACGGAUGUCGAGCGACGGGAUGUGCCAUCGGAGCUGACGAUGACAGAUGUUGAUAAAAGAUUGGCUGCAUUUGGUGUCGUACGGAAGUCACCGACAGCCGCAAUGGAAAAACUUUUGGAGCAGAUAACAAAGAGGAAAGCUAUAGAAGCUUUGAAGGCUAUGACACCUGUAAUGAAAAGUAAAGAGGUAGUGAAAAUCAGGACACCUUUACCGCAAAGUAAGGAAGAGGUGCAGAAGGGCAGCAAUACACUAACGCCUCUGUCAAAAAGUGUUGAGGAUCUUCUUGCUGAAGAGGUGCUGAAGAGAAAAGAGAAAAAGAAAAAAGUCGACACUAUUGAAGAUAUGGAGAAGAGAUUAGCAGAAGCAAAGAAGAGCAAAUCUCCAAUGCCAAAAGAGAAGGAGGUCAAGCCUAAAGCAAAAACAACCUCUAAAAGCGCAGAAGAAGAUGCCAAGCUCAAAAAAGAUUUGAAAAAAGCCGGUAGUAAAGAUAAGACUGGAACUAAAGAGAAGUUAAAGGAGGAAAAAAAGAAAAUGGAGUCGAAAGAAACGGUGCGAAGUGGAGAGACAAAGGCGAAGCUUAAAUCGAAAGAAAAAGAGAUUAUGGAAGAGUUGAAAGAGAGAGAAGAAAGACCACAAGAAGCGGAGCAUCUGUCAGUAAUGGAUAAAGUAAGCAAGAAAGAAGAGGCAAAGGAAGCGUUGGAGCAAGCAUUAGGAACGCCACCUUUGGAUAAAGUAAUGAGGGAGAUAGGAGAAGCUGAACCUAUAUCACCUCCAAAGAAAGGUGAAGAGGAAAAAGAAACGACAAGUGAUGAAAUGAGGACACCCUCUCCAAAACUGCGAAGAAGCGUCAACAAUAAGAGCCAUAUUGAUUCGCUAGAAAUGGGAGCAGAAGAAAAGAAGGAACUUGUCGCAAAAGAGGAAGAGAAAUUUAAACAGGCUGAAGCGGCUAUAAAGAAGGAAGUACCUGUUUUGAAGGAAAAGGAAAGAUCGAAGGAGAUCAAAGCAGGUGAGAAGAAAGUAGUCAAAGAGCAGGAUGAGGGCAAGAAAAUGGAGAAACUGGGAGAAAAAGAAGCAAGAAAGAAAGAAAAGGGGGCGAAUUUCAAGGCUGCAAGGAAAGACACUCCAUCAAAGGAAAAUGCUUCGAAAGAACAAGCAACGAAAGUGAAGAAUCUGAGUAAAAUUGCCAGGGAGCAGGAAAUGAAGAAUGACGUUGCAUCGAAAGAGAAGCUGAAUAAACCGGAGAGGCCUUCGGCUGAGAAAAAUUUGAAAGAUUCGAAAGAGCAAGCAGACAAGAAGUCAAAAGAAAUGGUGAAGCCAAAAGCUCAAAAAGGUUCGAAAGAUUCAAAGGAGCCAGAGAACAGAAAGUCAAAAGAAGUGGUGAAGCCGAGAGCCGAAAAAGGUUCGAAAGGUCCAAAAGAGCCACCAGACAAGAAAUCGAAAGAAGCAGAGAAAGCAAAACCCGAAAAAGGCUCCAAAGAAUUGAAAGAGCCGGUAGACAGGAAAUCAAAGGAAGCAGAGAAGCCAAGAGUCGGGAAGUCAAAGGAGCCAGCGGACAAAAAAUCGAAGGAAGGCUCAAAAGAUUCAAAAGAGCAAGCAGACAGGAAAUCAAAAGAGAAAGUCCUGGACAAAGCAAACAAGAAGCAGAGUGUUGAGCGCGAGAUCAAAUCCAAACCUCCGAAAAGUAAACCGCCAUGA